AUGCGCAUGAUGGUUGAGUUACCUGGGAGAGGAAAGGGUCUCAUUGCGCAAAAGGCCAGUCUCGCCGAGCAGGAGUCCACGCUGAAGACGCACGAGUAUGCGUUAUGGCUAAGUCACAUGCUAGAGGAAAGAGCCUCAUUGCGCAAAAAGGUACCAUCCCUCUUCCUCAGACUCGAUAGAUACCUCCACUGGCCCUCCAUCACCCCCAAAACCUUCGAUGCAGGCCAGUACCGCCGCACCGCCACUCCAAACCCUACUCCAAACCCCUUGGCCGAGUUCUUCGACACCACAAACCUUUGA